GCAAUAAUAAAGAAAGGGAUUUCCUAAAGAAAAAUCCAUUUUCCACGUCCCAAAAUGCGUUAAAACCCUCACCUGAACGUUCACGAACCGUUUGCGAGCGUCAACAAGCCAAAUCAACUCGAUAAUCCCCCAAAAAUUAUGUUAAUUUAGAAGCUCCAGUGAUUCCAAGAAGGCCCACUCAAUUUGAUACAGCAUCGCAAUGGAUAUGUCGGACUUGGAAAGCAGUCUCUCGGGCAGCAUGAGCAUGGGAGCGGAAGUGGUCUAUGGUACCCACGAGGAUACUCGGAUGGUCAUGUCCGACAAAGUCCAAUCACUCGCUGGUAGCAUUUACCAGGAAUUCGAGAGGAUGAUCGCUAGAUAUGAUGAGGACGUCGUUAAGACUCUGAUGCCCCUUUUGGUCAAUGUGCUGGAGUGUUUGGAUCUGGCUUAUCAACAAAAUCAGGGCCAAGAUGUCGAAUUAGAACUAUUAAAAGAGGACAACGAGCAGCUAGUCACCCAGUAUGAAAGGGAGAAAAGUGCCAGAAAGAUAGCCGAGCAGAAGUUGUUGGAGUUCGAGGAUGCUGCCGAAGGCGAAAGGAAAGAGUUGUCUUCGAGACAGGAGGCAUUGGAGUCGAUAGUGAGGAUGUUGGAGCUGAAGCAUAAGAACUCCAUGGAGCAUGCCAGUAGGCUUGAGGAGAGGGAGGGGGAAUUGAAGAAGGAAUAUGCCAAACUUCAUGAGAGAUACACGGAACUGUUCAAAACCCACGUGGACUACAUGGAACGAACGAAACUGCUCCACUCGGGGCAACAGUUGGCGAACGAGAGGGCUGAGGCGGGACGUCUGAUGUCGAACCGUUUGAACGUGACCGGACGCAGUUCCGGGCCGAUUUCCUUCGGUUUCCAGAGUCUGGAGAACGCGGAGACGGUCGACAGCGUGCCCUCCUCGCCCAUUAGCAGCGCCCACUCGUCACCCAGUUUGCAUAGCGAGUUGGACCGUCAGAAGGCACCGCAAGUCCUGCGGGUGGAAAAAGCUCAGGUGACAGACGCAGUCAAUUUGGAGAAUAAGAGUGUGGUGACGUCGCCGGUCAGUCCUCCCGCUGCCAAUAAUAAUAGCGGGAGGAGGUUGACUACCACUAGGGAGCAAAGGACCGGCAACACUUUAUACGAGGAGUUGAGUUUUCAGGAUGGGGAUGGCGAUGACGACACCAACGACAUCACUGGUGGCUGGGUGCAUCCGGGAGAUUAUGCCUCUUCAGUCAACGAUAAUUUCUUCGGUAUGGGCAAAGAAGUGGAGAACCUCAUUAUGGAAAACAACGAACUGUUGGCCACCAAGAACGCCCUGAACGUCGUCAAGGACGACCUCAUCGUGAAAGUGGACGAACUGACGGGAGAAAUCGACAUGUUAAGGGAGGAGAUUUUAUCCUUGAGUGUAUCCAGGAACAAAUUGAGGGAAAGAAUAUCGGAACUGGAGGAGGAACUGAAGAAGGUCAAGGAGGCCAAUGAGGCUAAACAGGAGGCUGACGAGGAGGCGGACGUGCCUUUGGCUCAACGAAGACGGUUCACCCGUAUGGAGAUGGCCAGGGUGCUCCUGGAAAGGAACCAGUACAAGGAGCACUUCAUGGAGUUACAGGAGGCGGUACGUUGGACGCAGAUGAUCCGGGCGUCCCGUGAGCCGACCCUGGACAAACACCAGAACCGCGGGAUCUGGAAAUUCUUCCAGAAUUUGUUCAGCGGCGGGGACUCGUCGAAGGUGCAAAGGUCGAUGACGGUGCCGCAGUUGAAGUAUCAGGCGGCCAGUAACUCGGUCACACCCGGACUGAAGGUGGCCUCCAGAAUCCCGGAUCGGGGAGAGGUCGAGAUGGGGUCCGAGAAUUACAUGAUGCGCAAGGAGAUGGAGCGCAAGGAGCAAUACAGACAGGUAAAAGCCCACGUGAAAAAAGACAACGGAAGACUCCACGCUUACGGUUGGAGUCUCCCGGGAAAAGUGUCCUCUAGUCCGGCCGGGAAGGGUAACAGUGGCCUGCCGGUUCCCGUUCCGGUCUACUGUCGCCCCCUGGCGGAAACCACCCCGAACCUGUUGAUAUGGUGUGCAGCCGGAGUCAACUUGAUGGGCGGAUACACCAAGGACGGAGGAUUAAUGGUGGGUGGUAGCAUAUUCUACUCGGACGAGCCGAAGAUGCCCGAGUCGAAAUCGGAAACGCAAGUGGAGUCUUUGGAGAAGGAGCUGAGCGACUGCAAGGAGGGGGCUCUACUGGAGACCAAACUAUCCUCAAACGUGUGGAUUGUGACCACUGCACAACAAGCCAGUCUAGUUACCGUUAUAGACGCGAAUAAUCCAGCCGAGUUGCUGAACAGCUUCGGGGUUUGUUCGGCGCAUGUGCUGUGCAUCGCUAGUGUCCCGGGAGCAAGCCCUAGCGACUAUAUUGACACCCCCAUUGGAAUUCAGGCUGAAGUGCAAGAAGCUAAAACGGAGCGCACCCCCUCUCCACCCCCCAAAGGAGAGACCGCGGAAAUAACCGCCCUUCCCGCCAAAGUUACCGAUAGUACCGAGGCCAGUAAACCUCUUAACCCGGCCAAAAACGCUAGAAUACAAGAAGACAGUGAGGAGGCAGCAGUGCUGGGCAAAGUGAUAUUCAUCGAGAAAGACGAGACGGCGGUGAACCAAAAAGACAAACACAAACCGCCCGUUGACGCGCCUGAGACCAAAACCGACCAACCGGGGGAGCGUAAAGUCACAUUUGCAGACGACAGCGGCAUCAUUCAAGACGAAGAGGAAAAAACCGAAAACAAUAGCGCCCAGGAAGCGACCGUAGAUGGCGACGGUGCUGCUACGGAGUCUAGUAACGUUAACCAAGAGGUUAUGUCAAGCGUUUUGGCCACAAUGUGGCUCGGAGACGAGGACGGGAACAUCUACGUGCACUCAUCGGUGGCCAAUUGGGCCCAGAGGCUGCACACCGUCAAACUAAAGGACGCCGUGAUUAGUAUAGUCCACGUCAACGGUAGGGUGGUGGUGGCGGUGGCCAACGGUCAAGUGGUCAUCUUUAAGCGUAACAAAGAGGGCGAGUGGGAUCUGUCGCAGUACCACAUCGUGAAAAUCGGCCUGCCCCACCAGUCGGUACGUCAGUUGGCCGUGGUGGGGGAACGGGUGUGGUGCGGGUACCGCAACAAAGUCUACGUCCUCGAGCCCCGGGAAUUGAAAAUCGUGCACACCCUGGAGGCGCACCCGAGACGCGAGAGUCCUGUGCGUCAAAUGGCGUGGCUAGGCGAAGGCGUUUGGGUGUCAAUCCGCUACGAUUCCACCCUAAGACUGUACCACGCCCACACUUAUCAGCACCUGCAGGACGUCGACAUCGAGCCGUACGUCAGUAAAAUGUUGGGUACAGGCAAAUUGGGUUUUUCUCUAGUCCGCAUCACUAGUCUGCUGAUCUCUUCGAAUCGCUUGUGGAUCGGCACCAGCAACGGGGUGAUCAUUUCGGUACCGCUGAACGACGGGAGCAGUAACCAGGGGGCGGUACUGCCGAGGAGUUCUAGUCUACCCAACGCCGGUGUGAAAAUCCCCCCGCCGCCCGGCAGCUACAUCCCGUACUGUUCGAUGGCGCACGCGCAGCUCAGCUUCCACGGCCACCGCGAUAACGUGAAGUUCUUCGUGGCCGUGCCUGGCACAGGCGGAGUCAGUGCCGCGUCCACCCCGUCGGAAGCCAUGGCCGCCUCCGCGACGUCUGUCGGCAGCAGCUCCACCAAGCCGACUUCGAUGCUGGUGAUCUCGGGCGGCGAGGGCUACGUCGACUUCCGCAUCGGUGAUGAGAUGGAGGACAGCGUGAUAACGGACACGGCCAACUUCGCAGAGCAGAAAGUCAAUCAGGGGGAGCUCAGUCACCUGAUCGUGUGGCAGGUGUCAACUAGUUAAAUGUUUCGGGGGAUUCCCUCGUUGUUCGGUUGCUAUUAUAGUUUGUUUUUUUUUUAUUAAUUAAAUUUACCUACAAUUUUAUGCACAUGGUGGUCCAGACCCGUCUUUUGGGACACCCUGUAGCUAUUUUAGCUAAUGUAUUGUUAAAUGAACACCUUGAUUCAGGAGGAUAUUUUUGUGAUAUAUUUGUAGUGACAGGUUUUGUAGCGGCAGAGUAGAUAAUAUAGACCCUGUAAUGUUGCUAUGACUGUACGGGGUGUUCUUAAGGAUUUUUUAAGGACCCCCUGUAUAUACACUUAUGGAAAUAUUCUGACUAAUAUUUAAGCCCGAAUGUGUUACCCUAAUUUUAAUUAGUACAGUUUUGAGUAGCGCCUUGUACAUUUCUGUUAAAUUGUACAUUUUAUUGUAAUUAUGAUGCAAAUUUUUUAUAAUUUAUUUGUACAUUAGGGCUUUUAUCGAAUUAUUGUGCUUAUAUGUAUUUUAAGUUAAAUAAAAAUAUAUUAUACAGUGUG